GCAGAUUUGCACGGAUAUAAAAGCAUCUGCUUAAAACACAUCUUGGUGUGAACCCUUCUCUCUCUGGAGAACCACAGGACAGCCAAGCCGAUUACAGAAUGAUGCUCAGGGUUGUGCUCUCAGUGCUGCUGCCGGUAGCAGCUUAUCAGUCUCUGCUGCCCACAGACUGUAGUGACAUCUACAAAGCCGGUUCAGGCCUGGACGGGGUGUACACCAUCUAUCCAGCAGGCCCGACCUCUCCCGUGCAGGUUUACUGUGACAUGAGCAAAGAUGACACUGGCAGCUCUGCAGAGAAGUGGACUGUCAUUCAGAAAAGACAAGAUGGCACGGUGAACUUCUUCAUGAAGUGGGAUCACUACAAAACUGGAUUUGGCAGCGCUGCUGGAGAGUAUUGGCUGGGCCUGGAGACAAUGCACCUGAUGACUCAGGCUAAGACCUACGAGCUGAGGGUGGACAUGGAGGACUUUGAGAGGCAGAAGGUGUUUGCCCGGUACUCUUCCUUCUCUGUUGGUCCGGAGUCGGAGGGAUACAAGCUAAAUCUGGGAAGUUUCGUUGGGGGAGCAGCAGGAGAUUCCCUCAGUCUUCACAAUGGGAUGAAAUUCACCACCACUGAUAAAGAUCAAGAUACACUUAGUUCAAACUGUGCCAGGCUGGCCUAUGGAGGAUUCUGGUUCGCAGCCUGCUUUGGUGCUAACCCCAAUGGGGUCUACACCUGGGGACCGUCACCCCGUGCAGCUGGUGUACAGUGGAACACUUUCAAAGGACUCGAAUACUCCCUGAAAACCAUGAUAAUGAAGAUCAGACCAAUUGCAGUUUAAAAAUGGAACUGGGUCAGGAGCCACUUUGUUUAACUGGUGCAUCACAAAUAGAAGAAUUAGCAAUGUUCACACUCAAAACAACUAGAGUUUUCUUUUGUAUUUAUUCACUGAGGAUGGAGACAGUUUAACCUCUAUUUAACAGGCAGGAUCAACCAACAGUGAAUUGGUCGUACUGUCAUUUUUUCUGAAAAAAAAAAAAAAAAAUCAAAA